AUGCACAGAGACCUUGUUAAACCUAUUACAGUGGAGGAAAUCAGGGGUGCUCUCAAGUCCAUAAAGGGGGAUAAGGCCCCAGGCCCGGAUAGCUUCUGCUCUAGUUUUUUCCAGCAUAAUUGGGAUAUUGUGGGGCAGGAUUUGAUUGAUGCUGUUCUUCUUUUCUUUGAGAAAGGCUAUAUUCUAAAGGAAUGGAACUCUACUGCCCUUACUCUGGCUCUGCCAAUUGUAAUGAGUCAAUCCCAAUCAGCUUUUAUUAAAGGCAGAAGUAUUGUUGAUAAUGUGUUGCUUAUGCACGAGCUUAUCAGGAACUAUCAUAGAAAUGAUGGAUCUCCUAGAUGUGCUAUCAAAGUUGGUAUCAUGAAGGCCUAUGAUUCGGUGGAUUGGGAUUUCUUGCUGGACACAAUGAAAGCUAUGGAGUUUCCUACCAUUUUUGUGGGUUGGGUAAAGGAAUGUAUUACAACUCCUAAAUUCUCUAUUAUGAUUAAUGGAGGGCUUGAAGGGUACUUUCUAGGAGCUAGAGAUCUUAGGCAAGGGGAUCCUAUCUCUCCUUACAUUUUCCUCUUAGUUAUGGAAGCUUUCUCAUCCUUGCUACAAUGGAAUAUAGAAGCUGGGGAGUUCACGUACCAUCCAAAAUGUCAGGCUCAAGCAAUUUCACAUGUUGUGUUUGCAGAUGAUCUUUUCAUUUUGAGUAGCGCUCUUGAGAAAUCCUUGCAUAUUAUUUUUCAGACUUUGAAGGAUUUUCAUGGAUUUUUUGGAAUGCAGCCCAACUUGCUCAAGAGUGCAAUCUAUUUUGCUGGUGUCCCUAGUACAACACAGCAAGAGCUGUCUCAGUUAUUGGGCAUUCCUGUGGGACAACUUCCAGUGCAGUAUUUGGGGGUUCCCUUAAUAAGUACUAGAUUAACUUCAUCUGAUUCUGCUGUCUUGAAAGAGCGGAUUUUGGCGAAAAUUCAUAAUUUAAAGCACAUUGGUGCUAAGGUCAAUUGGGCCAAACUUUGUGUCCUAAAGAAUGAGGGAGGCUUGGGUUUUAGAUCCAUUAAAGAGUGGAACAAAGCUGUCAACAUGAAGCAUCUCUGGGUCAUCAGUCAAAAAGCUGAUACGUUAUGGGUUAAAUGGGUUCAUGUUUAUAUCUUGAGAGGUCAAAGUUUGUGGGGGGUUCAGAUUCCUUGUGAGGCUUCUUGGGUGAUUAGGAAAUUGCUGAAGCUCAGGGAUACUUGCCAAGAGUGGAUUAGAUUAUUGGCAUCCUAUUGGGCGUUAUACAAGAGAUUUGGAGAAACUAUGGUGGCUCAUAGGGGAAGAGCAUUACAGGCCGAGGUCUCUUCUAUCAUUGAUGAGGGUGUUUGGAAGUGGCCUAGGCAACGUAACAGGGCUAUUAUGGAAAUUAUGAGGGAAACUCCUGAUGGGUUUCUGCCAUCUCCAUCUGUUAGCGACACGGUUAUAUGGACUCUGACUGCAGAUGGUAAAUAUUCUGCCAAAUCUGCUUGGGAGGCAUGUAGGCACCAAAAUCCCGUUCAACCUUGGCAUGCUAUUGUGUGGUUUGGUUAUGGAGUUCCUAGGUGGAGCUUUAUUGAGUGGCAGACUGUUUUGGGGAGAUUGCCUUCUGGAGAUAGGUUGGUGAGUUGGGGUAUGGUGGUGUCUCCUCAGUGUGUCCUAUGUUCGUCUGGCAUGGAGUCUCACGCUCAUCUAUUUUUUGAUUGCCAUUUUUCUUCCUCAAUUUGGCAACAAAUUCUAUCUAGGAAUGGUAUUACUCGAUCUAUAUUGCCCCUGUCUCAGGAAUUGGAGUGGGCACUCUAG